GUAAUCCUAUCUAUUUAUCUAGCUAUCUACCUUUCUUUCUCUCUCUCUCUCACUGAGUCACUGGCGAGUGAGUGAGGUUGGAACAAUGCUUUUGCUUCUUUUCUUUCCUACUUGCAAAGAACCUUCCUUCCUCUGUGUUUGUGUGAGGUCAACAAAAUAUAUAACAACAACAACUUGAGUGACUCUACUCCGUCCAUGUCCAUGGAAUAUAAUGGAUUGUAGUGUUUUUUGUUUAGGGUUUGGAGGUCAAAUCAAUAUAUGAAGCCACCGACGAGACGAGUGUUUUAAUUUGCCUACUAGUGGUGUACUAAAACACCCUCACCCUCAGCUACCAAUCUGGCCGGUAGUACUGUUUCCCUUAGAUCCAGAGGCCGGUGAAUUGAAGGCAGGUCAGGUGAGUGAUAAUUUGAUGGAGUUGAUGGAAGAGGUUAAAGGGCAUUCUGAUAGCAGGGAAGAAGGGGAGGAAUUAGAGGAAACAGCAACACCAGAGAUCAUCACAAUCACAGAUGCCACUUACAAUUCAUCAUCUGGAUUAGGGUUACACCAGCAACAAGAUGCUGCAGCAGCAGUUUCUAAUUUCACCAAUCGCAGGAAUCAGCAACUAGACUUGAUGGACUUGACACUUGGAAGCCACAACCACACGGAAUUAGAGGAACAUGGAUCAGGAUCAGGAUCAAGAGAAAGAGAUCAGGUGGUGGUGGAGAAGGAGCACAUGUUUGACAAAGUGGUGACGCCAAGCGAUGUGGGGAAGCUGAACAGGCUGGUGAUCCCAAAGCAGCAUGCGGAGAAGUACUUUCCUCUGGACUCCUCAUCCAACGAGAAAGGCCUUCUCCUCAAUUUCGAGGACCGCAACGGGAAGCUGUGGCGUUUCAGGUACUCUUACUGGAACAGCAGCCAGAGCUAUGUGAUGACCAAAGGAUGGAGCCGUUUCGUCAAGGAUAAGAAGCUUGAUGCAGGUGACAUUGUCUCCUUCCAACGAGGACUCGGUGAUCUUUACAGACACAGGUUGUACAUUGAUUGGAGGAGAAGAACUCAUCAUCCUCAUCAUGAUCCUAAUUCAAAUUCACUCAUCACACCUUUCUUCCUUCCCAAUCACUACUCUAUCAGAUGGGGCUCUUCUUCUUCUGCUGCUUCUGCUGCUGGCGCCAGAUUCUACUCCCUACCUUCUCCUAUACCUCCAUCCUCUACAACUACCAUGCCCUUGCCUCGCUUAUACAAUGAUCAUUUUCACCAACAAAAUUACAACAUGUAUAAUUUUCAUCAGCAGUACCAUCAUGGCGAGCUGAAUUCGCCAGGAUCUGGGUCAGUCUAUUAUCUGAGCUCUCCUCCAGCAGUACCAUCAAUGAGGGAUCAACAAGAGAUCAGAGGGAGCAUUAAUGUCCCCAUGAUCAUUGAUUCUGUACCAGUUUCUCAUCAUCAUCACCACCACCACCACCACCAGCAUGGGGGCAACAUGAGUGCUUCUUCUGCUGUUGCUGGUGGUGCUAAUAGUACUGCUGGGAAACGCCUAAGGCUAUUUGGUGUGAACAUGGAAUGUGCUUCUUCUUCUUCUUCGGCGGCAGAUCAAGAACAUGUCAGCAGUACAAUGCCCCUUCUUCAGCGCCGUGAAGAUCCACUUUCAUUAUCAUCAUCAGCAAGGUUUGGGGAUCAGAGAGGGGGAAUGUUUGAUUUGGAUCCCUCUUUGCAGUAUCGCCAGUGAAUCACCCAUUAAAUAAAUUCAUGGAGAAGAUUUAGUUUCAAAGUUAGUUGGGAUAUCAAGCCAAACUCUCUUCUGCAAUUUUUGUUUUUCCUUUCUUUCAUCAGCUAGCUAUGAAGGAAAAAGAGCUUUAGCUGCCAAACUUUCUUUGCUAAUCUUCUUCUUUUGAUCAGUAAUUUUAGUCUCUAGCAUUUGAGCAUCCUAGUAGUACGUUUAUUAGCUGGGGAUUCGAGUCCUGAGAAAUCAUUUCUCAUGAAAUAUUCCAUUAGGCUGGCUUUUCAAAUGUGUAUAAAACUACAAAUAUAUAUAUAUAUAUAUAUAUAUUUAUCGCAAUAUAAUAUAUAUGGCUUUUUAUUGCAUCGAAUUCGAU